AUGAACAUAGGUUCUCAAUCUGAUUAUAAAGACAAUGCUGCUCUUCUCUAUCUUCCGUUAGGAAUUGUCUUUGUAUCUAUUUUGAUUUAUUAUAUUUCAAUAAGUAAGCAAAAUGGAACAAAAGAUCAUCCCUCAUCGCUAAAUGGUAGCAUGGGAUGGCCAUUCAUUGGAGAAACUCUUUCUUUAAACCUCAUAGAUCAGACUCCAUUGGCACAUUCUUGCAACAACGUGUUUCACGGUAGUCAUUAA